CAGCUAUUUUAUGAUUUGUGGUUUGUUGCUAACUUGGAAGUCUUCUCUUCGGUUCAUGAAGUCACUCAAAACACAAAGCUGUACUCAUAUAUGGGUUACCUGACUAUCUUAUGGUUCACCUGGUUUCUCGUCGGACUAUUCGAUGUUCGAUAUGUGACCGACAGCAUCUUCGAACGCCUGGCCCGGACCGUCCAUCUCGGUGUCAUGGUGGGUUUUGCCGUUGUGGCAUCGCGUUUUCACCCUGACAGCCAAAUCAAAUCCAUCUUUCAAGGAUUGUCAAUCAUCCUCAUGGUCUCGAGACUCGUCCUUGUGGUUCAAUAUGCCGCGAUCAUCUGGCAUGUUCGUCAUUUCAAAGACGGGAAAUGGCCACUCACUCUCGUGGCCGUGUCACAUUUCCUUUUCGCAAUUAUAUACUUCGGUCUUCUUUUUGGUUUCAAUGAUGGACAAAGUCCCCGGAUCUUCAUCGCGUGGUAUGUCAUCGCGGCAUGCGAGGCGUUGCUGAACCUCGGCCUUGCACUAAAAUGGAAGGUCCUCAGCUUUGCGGGCACGCACUUGACCGAGCGCAUGACACUACUCACUCUCAUUAUCCUAGGAGAGGGUGUUAUCACCAUUGCGAAGAAUGUGGUGCUUAUUGUCAAAAAUCAAGGAUGGACUUCUGUGACCAUGGGUAUUUUGACAGCUGCAAUCACGACGGUGUACAUAUUCUUCAUGAUUUACUUCGAUUGGAUGAAUCACCACCACAUGACAGGAAUUCGGCAGCUGUUAUGGACCAUCCUGCAUUUCCCCUUUCAUGUUGCCCUGCUUCUGUUCAUGGAGGGGGCAACCCAAUUCAUCACUUGGUGGAAGCUGCUUGAAGUCCAAGACUUCGCGAACGACGAAUUCAUGAACGUGGCCGCCAAGCUAUCAACACAUGACAACAACAUCACGAGCGAGGAUGUGGCUCACUCGCUAAACGACACAGUUAACCACCUCUUCAAGCAGUACCCUGCUACCUAUCAGCUGACCAUCAACGAAAUUGCCAACAUCCUGCAAAACAUCGGCAACAUUACGAAUUGGUUCUGGUCGUCCAACGAGACGGGAUUUCCCGAGAUCAACCAGCGGUUCACGCGGGAUAUUGACAAUCUCUUCGUCACCGUCAUCAAUUCCAUCUUCGUCAACUUCAAAGUCGACCCCUUCGAGGAUAAUGAGGAGGUCGACCCGGUCAAGAUGCAGUAUAAGGCGUAUACUGAGACCAAUAACAGAUUCAUUCUUGUAUUCCAGUACACCUAUACCACGGCCGGAAUCACCCUAAUCGUCAUGACGAUGCUCUACGUCCUUACCAAGCGGCAAGGUUUGACGCCCUACAAUAUUCUUCGCACCUCGCUGUUCUUGGUCCUCGGGAUCGGUCUAUCUCUGGUAACGCUGGUGUCUAUUAGAGAUUCGCAUGGUAGGGUGUUUAUCCGUAGUCCCUGGCUAUUGCCUACUUUGUGUAUCGUAUUCCUUUGCGUGCUCAUCCUAACACACCUCCCCAAGCCGCCUCCACUGAUA